UGUCAUCUUUUAUGUCCAUCCCUCAGUUUUUAUUUUUAACCUUCUGGAGCCACUGGAUUUUGAUUUCCCCCCAAUCUUUGAACCCUAAUUCCAGAUUUCUAUGUACCUCAAGCUGCCCCUAGAUUCCAUUACCCUGAGAGGUGCUUUUCUUUAGUUCAUCCUCCGUCUUACGUUUCCGUCGCCGAUCUGUGACUUGAUUGCUAAUCAAUCGAAGAAUUCGCGACGUACUUGAUGGAACUCUGUGGAUGUUUCUGAAAUGGCUGGAGAGCGCAGAUGUUGCCGACCUUCUUGAAUAGGGAGGAGGAAAAAAAAAAAAAAGAAAAGAAAAAAUCUCCACCGGAGAAGGCAACUGUUCUAAUUACAAUAAGUAGAAGUUAAAUAGGAUAAAGAACCAAGGAUAAAGAACUUGUGGUGGUGAGGCUGGAAAAAGAAAUGCUGAUGCAUCUUUAAGGAAGCAGAUUCCUUGAAGGUUGUCGAUUAUAAUAGAGCAAGGUAGUGUGAAACACAAGGUAAUCUAGACGAUGGAUGAGCACGAUAGUGGUGGCUGUGGCAGUGAAAAGGGAUUGGUUGCUGAAGAUGAAGGAACUGCACCCCUUCCUGAAAGGGUCCGAGUCGGUGGUUCUCCUACUUAUAAAAUUGAGCGGAAACUGGGUAAAGGAGGUUUUGGACAAGUGUAUGUAGGUCGUCGACUCAAUCCCUCAAAUCCACAUGAAAGAACCGGUCCUGGUGCUGUUGAGGUUGCACUGAAGUUUGAGCAUCGGAGCAGCAAAGGCUGUAACUAUGGACCUCCCUAUGAAUGGCAAGUCUACAAUGCACUCGGCGGCAGUCAUGGUAUACCUCGCGUACACUUUAAAGGGCGACAGUCUGACUACUAUAUUAUGGUUAUGGAUAUGCUAGGCCCUAGUCUUUGGGAUGUCUGGAACAACAAUUCUCAUGCAAUGUCAAUAGAAAUGGUGGCAUGUAUUGCCAUUGAAGCAAUCUCCAUUUUAGAGAAGUUGCAUUCUAAAGGAUAUGUGCAUGGGGAUGUGAAGCCGGAAAAUUUUUUGCUUGGUCCACCUGGAACACCGGAUGAGAAGAAACUUUUUCUUGUUGAUUUAGGAUUGGCUACCAAGUGGCGUGAUAGUAAUACUGGUCUUCAUGUUGAAUAUGAUCAACGCCCAGAUGUGUUUAGGGGAACUGUGCGGUAUGCCAGCGUACAUGCUCAUCUUGGCCGAACUGGUAGCCGUAGAGAUGAUUUAGAGUCUCUUGCGUAUACACUCAUAUUUCUUCUCCGAGGCCGGCUUCCCUGGCAAGGGUACCAGGGCGAAAAUAAAGGUUUCCUUGUGUGCAAAAAGAAGAUGGCAACUUCUCCAGAAGCUCUUUGUUGCUUCUGCCCUGCUUCCUUUAGACAGUUUGUUGAAUAUAUUGUUAACUUAAAGUUCGACGAGGAGCCUAAUUAUGCGAAAUAUAUAUCCCUUUUUGAUGGAAUAGUUGGUCCGAAUCCAGAUAUCAGACCGAUCAAUACUGAAGGUGCUCAGAAGCUUAUAUAUCAUGUGGGACAAAAGAGAGGAAGGUUUUUGAUGGAUGAUGAUGACAAUGACCAACCAAAGAAGAAGGUUAGGAUAGGAAUGCCCGCAACACAGUGGAUAAGUGUGUAUAAUGCCCGACGACCAAUGAAGCAAAGAUACCAUUACAAUGUUGUGGAUUCGAGGCUUUCUCAGCACAUUGAUAAAGGAAAUCAGGAUGGACUAUUUAUCAGCAGUGUAGCAUCUUGUUCCAAUCUGUGGGCCUUAAUUAUGGACGCCGGAACUGGAUUUAGUUCUCAAGUUUAUGAAUGGUCACCUUUUUUCCUUCAUAAGGAAUGGAUUAUGGAGCAAUGGGAGAAGAACUAUUACAUCAGUGCUGUAGCAGGGGCUAAUGAUGGUAGCUCAUUAGUGGUUAUGUCAAAGGGUACCCACUACCUCCAACAGUCUUAUAAAAUUAGCGAAUCUUUUCCAUUUAAGUGGAUCAACAAAAAAUGGAGAGAGGGAUUUUAUGUUACGGCAAUGGGUACAGCAGGAUCCAAAUGGGCAAUUGUUAUGUCUCGUGGAGCUGGAUUCUCCGAUCAAGUUGUGGAGCUAGAUUUUCUUUAUCCCAGCGAAGGUAUUCAUCGAAGGUGGGAAGCUGGCUACCGCAUAACAUCAACUGCAGGAACAAGUGAUCAAGUCGCCCUUGUUCUUAGUGUUCCCCGAAGAAAACCUUCAGAUGAAACACAGGAGACGCUUCGGACAUCAGCUUUCCCAAGCCUGCAUGUGAAGGAGAAAUGGGCCAAAAACCUUUAUAUUGCAUCAAUGUGCUAUGGAAGAACUGUAUCUUGAGGAGAGGGAAAUUUCAAAAUUUCCUGGCAUAGAAAAUCAUCUGUUCCUCACAGGCAAUAUGCAAAUGCCGAUUUUUUCUCCGCUGGAGAAACCUGAUAACUUUCUCUCUGCUCUGAGGCUGAUGCAUCAUGCCUAUAGGGACUUUGAUUUGCUUGCUGUAACCAUUAUCAUAAUAUAUAUAUGUAAUACCUCUGCAAGAAACUGCAAUUGUCUAAAUGUUUAGGCAGGUUUUCCCCUUCGGUAGCUCUUGUUGCUCUGUUCCUGGAAGUUUGUAUAGCAUGGAACAGUAGUUACAUUAUGUUGUACUGCACAGGCAGUGUUGACAUUGGUGAUGGUUUUCCGGCAUGUGAAAUCAGAUUUUGAAACUGAUUAUCUGUCUACAAAA